AUGUUCGCGCUCGCCGCGUCUCCCGCCGCCGCGCGCGUCCAGCCCCGCGCGUCGAUCGAUCAGCGACGGAUCGUCCCCUCGACGAUUUCGAUCCGCGGGUCCUUGCCCCGCGCCAACCGCGCCGCCUCGCUCCGCGCGCCGCGCGCCGCCGAGCGGGACCCGACGCAACCCGAGACCCCGCCGCCGGCGCCGCCGCCCCCUUCGCCCCCCGAGGACCCGGCGUCCGGCGGCAAGGCACUCGCGGGCGCGGGAUUCGCCCUCGGCGUGGCGCUCUUCGCGGCCACGUCCCUCGGCGGCGCCCCGACGCUCGCGUCGCUCGAACGCGACGCCAUCCCGCUCGACGCCGCGCUCGCGAACGGCCGGCCCACCGUCGUGGAGUUCUACGCGGACUGGUGCGAGGUGUGCAAGGAGUCAGCGCCAAACGUGUACGACGUGGAGCGAGAAUUCGGCGAGCGCGUCAACUUUGUCAUGCUCAACAUCGACAACACGAAGUGGGGCGGAGAGAUGGACCAGUACGGCGUGGACGGCAUCCCGCACAUCGUGUUCCUGGACAAGCGCGGGAAGAGCGAGGGGCAGGUGGUGGGACGGUUCCCCAAGCAGGCGCUCAGGGCGAACGUGCAGGCGCUGAGCGUGGGGGAGACGAAGCUGCCCUUCGCCAAGCUCGAGGACGGCGACGCGACGCCGGUGCAGAGCUCGGGCAUCGCGGAUGCGCCGGGAAGCGCGGUGGACGAUCCGAGGGGCGGCGCGGUGUCGUCGGCGGACCCGCGGUUCCACGGGUGA